AUGCUCAACUUCACUGAUGUGACAGAGUUUAUUCUUUUGGGACUAACCAGUCAUCAGGAAUGGCAAAUUCUCUUCUUCGUCAUUUUUCUUGUAGUCUACAUUGUCACCUUAGUGGGCAAUAUUGGCAUGAUUAUAUUAAUUAAGGUCAGUCCACAGCUCAACAGCCCCAUGUACUUUUUUCUCAGUCAUUUGUCAUUUGUGGAUGUGUGGUUUUCUUCCAAUGUUACCCCUAAAAUGUUGGAAAACCUGUUAUCAGAGACAAAAACUAUUUCUUACAAUGGCUGUUUGGUACAGUGCUUCUUCUUCAUCGCCCUUGUCCAUGUAGAAAUUUUUAUCCUUGCUGUGAUGGCCUUUGAUAGAUACAUGGCAAUCGGGAAGCCUCUGCUCUAUGGCAGUAGAAUGUCAAGGGUUGUCUGUAUUCGACUGAUCUCUUUCCCUUACAUAUAUGGUUUUCUGACUAGUCUGGCAGCAACAUUAUGGACUUAUGGAUUAUACUUCUGUGGGAAAAUUGAGAUCAACCACUUCUACUGUGCAGACCCACCUCUCAUCAAAAUGGCCUGUGCUGGGACCUUUGUCAAAGAGACCCUAGUGAGAAGAAACUUCACCUCCGUGUCUGAGUUCAUUGUCCUUGGACUGACCGAUGGCCUGGAACUGCAGAUUCUCCUCUUCCUGCUGUUUCUGGCCACUUACAUGGCCACCGUGGCAGGGAACCUGGGCAUGAUUGUGUUCAUGCAGGCCAAUGCCCAGCUCCACACGCCCAUGUACUUUUUCCUGAGCCACUUGUCCUUUGUGGACCUGUGCUUCUCCUCCAAUGUGACUCCGAAGAUGCUGGAGAUUUUCUUGUCAGAGAAGAAAACCAUUUCCUAUGCCGCUUGUCUGGUGCAGUGUUACCUAUUUAUAGCCUUGGUCCAUGUGGAGGUCUAUAUCCUGGCUGUGAUGGCCUUUGACAGGUACAUGGCCAUCUGCAACCCUCUGCUUUAUGGCAUCAAAAUGUCCAAGAGGGUGUGCACAUCCCUCAUCACGGUGCCUUAUGUGCAUGGAGCGCUGACUGGGCUGAUGGAGACCAUGGGGACCUAUGGCCUUGUCUUCUGUGGCUCCAAUGAAAUCAAUGACUUCUACUGUGCUGACCCACCCCUGAUUAAGCUGGCUCGCUCUGACACCACCAACAAAGAAACAUCAAUGCUUGUUGUUGCUGGAAGUAACCUUUCUUUUUCUCUCCUUAUCAUUCUGGUUUCUUACUUUUAUAUUUUUGCUGCUAUCCUGAGGAUUUGUUCCACAGAAGGCAGGCGCAAAGCUUCCUCUAUGUGUGGCUCCCACCUGACAGCUGUUACUAUAUUCUAUACAACACUCUUCUUCAUGUAUCUUAGAUCUUCUUUGAAAGAAUCUGUGGAACAGGGGGAAAGGGUGGCUGUAUUUUAUACCACAGUAAUUCCCAUGUUGAACCCCAUGAUUUAUAGCCUUAGAAACAAAGAUGUGAAAGAAGCAUUAACCAAAGAGCUCUUAAGGAACAAUAUGUUUCCCUAG